GGCACAAACCGAAACAAGUUACUCGAAAGUCUUUGUACUCGCAUCUGAUCAAACCAGUUAAUCCACCGCGUGGGUAAAAAGUUACUUGAAAUAGACGCGUGGAGACCGAUGAUACUUCGAUAUACCGGCGUCGUGUUCUUUGCUUUGACGAAAAAGGAGAGCGAUAAUCUUUAAAAGGCGGAUACGGGGCGGUGAUCGUCUCGCUUCGCUGGUUUCACACGACGACAAACAUCGGUUUCCUAGGUUCCCAGCUGGUUUGCUUGUUCUAUUUAGUGCUCCUUGUCAUCUCCUUGGGUUGCGUGAGCUGUUAUCGCGAAGAUAACCAGCAACUCAGACCGGCGACGGAUCGAUCUUCGCUGCUGCCAUGUGCUGAAAGUUUAUUUACCUAUCGAGGUUUGCGCUACUCCUGAGCCGGAACCACAAUGGGCCUUGGCAACAUACUCUUGCUGACGCAGGCCACAUGCUACACCAUAACGCUGAUCCUGUCGGUGUGCACCGUCGUGCCGAUGGCGGUGCACGUGUCCAAGUUUGACGGCCACUGCCUGCUCUACACUACGGGCACCUUCGACAGCGACGACGGCCAUUUUAUCGCUCGAUGGGCAUCGCCCUUCUACUGCUUUUUCACGCUUUCUGUCGGCGGACUCAUGGUGGUCGUCUCGCUCAUACAGCUGGUCCGCAUGUCGAUUUUUCUCUACAUGGGCACAGACAGCUCGUUUCUGUCUGCCUUCCUCGACUCUGUGGUGAGCGUCGUCGUGAUGCCCCUGGUCUUCACGACUUCGGUGCUGGUGUCAGACGGCUUCCGGGCGUGGUGCCGAGCCAUCACCCAGCGAUUCCCAGCGUGUGAAGAUGCAUCAGUCACGCAGAUUAGCAAACCAGACCACGUCGACACUGUUGGAUUUUACAUGCAUGUUGGCACAGCCCAGUUUGGUGCCUGGAGUUCUUUGGUGUGCUGGGUCCUCCAGGCAGUGCUGUGCGCACGCAAGCUGUGCCUCUACCACGAGCGCGAGAACCUCAUGAUCAGCAUGGCCCGCGAGCGACGUCUCCUCAAUGCCUCGCACAAAUCCCAAGCAGAGACCGUCGACGACACGGUACCUAUCCUCGACUGAAGGAUGAAGAAUCGUCGUACAGUCAGAUCACUUUCUGCGACAUCCACUGCCAUUGGACAGGGGCGAGCGAGAUUUUUCCCAACCAAAAACUUCGACAGUGCAGUUGCCAAACAAUCUCGUGCUAUUGCAAGCUGAAUCGGUUCCAUGAUCUACUAUAUCCAGCAAGACCGUGUGACUCUCAAUCGUGUUUCCUUUGAUACAGCCGGCACAAUAGACGUAUCGUGAAAAGUAGAGAUUCACAGAUAGUAGAGCCAAAACAGGGCAAAAGAAUAGGGACUGAGAAAGAGUAGACACAACACUUUCUUUUGCGCUGCUUUGCUUCUACCAGCUACGAAUUGCACUGAUUUGCCCAGUUUUCAAUCCUACUCAAUGUAACGUCUAGAGUUUGAGUUGCGAAUGUUAGGAAGCAUAUGUGUGUGAGAGAUACCUUAUGCAAUGCAAUGUUAAAUAUGAAACUUGCCUGUGUGAGUUUCCACUGUGUUGCACGUGCUGCUCCGCGGGUGUUUUUUUAAUGAGCAAUCUUAGAUGUGUUGCGAAUGCAGUAGUUCGGUUGUUUUUACCUUUAGCGUCUUGUAUGACUUGUGUUCUACAGAGUAUUUUGCGUUUCAAACAUCUUGAAUGAGUAGCUUCGCGAGAGUUUUUUAAAGAUACGAUCAAUCUCACACGAUCAAUAUGGUGUAGAUGACAAGCUGGCCAGAUGUCUCUCAUGGCGGCAAAGUUGUAUGUGUGUAAGACAGCUGAGCUGUUGGAGAGUUGCGAACACAAGGGUUAAUUUUUUUCUGACACUUAAAUCACUACCUCAGUGGCAAGGGCACCGGAUAUCGUUUUUAAUGCAAUGGGCCGUUCCGGAAAGUUGCCAAGUCUGGCAUGUUACCCAAAGCAUGGAUUACUUGAAGGAGCAUCAAUGUUAUGGUGAAAGUCCGUAAGCCUUAUUUGGUUGGCAAUGUAAUGACCUAGCUCUGCUGUUUUAUAAGAACUACAGGAGUUGGAAAGAGCAUAAAAGUAGACAAAUAUGGGAAGCUGACUCAAACUGUGGUGUCAAUAGCUGCAUGUAGCAACCACCAAGGAACGAGAAACGAAUGUAUUGCCAAUCAGUGCAACACUCAGCCUCAACGUGCCGAUGCAGCUGACUGCUCAGAAUUGGAAAAAAGGCUGUGUGUGAUUCAGCAGAAUCAGGAAGCUGUCCACUUACUUGGGCAGUGAUCUUUGGUGGUUUCAAUAUAACUUUUUUUUCAGCACAAGCCUAAUAACCACUUUAUGGAUUUUAAGUGAAUACUGAACAAAAAUUGGAAAAACUGAUGAGAAAAUUGAAAAUUUCACUCAGAAGAUGCGGCUGGCCUGAUGAACACAGUUUAUUCUACGUAUUUUCAAGCAGUCGGCGCUGUUUUUGAUGGCUUGUCAAUGGCCGGUGGUUGCAUGCAAGGGCGACUCGUGAUGUCGCAUUAUCGAGGCACAUGCGUGGUGCAUGUUUUCCUGUCCUCUUUCCUUUCUCCACUUUUCCUUUUAUUCCACUCUUCUUCUAAGCACUGUUGCUUGACAUUUGUAGAGAACAUAUUUGGCUGCUGGUGCUGUUUAUAGUGGUUCUGGAAAUCCUAGUGGUAGCUGAGUGGGGGUUGAAAGAUGCGGGCGACAGCUUGCAUUGUUGGUGCACCCAUUUCAGGCAUAUAAACAUCGCCUCCCGAAAUCCGCUGUGCAGUCGCUAGAUGCGACAGUUUGUGAAAAAUGCGUUUAAUAUGCAUAUUUUUCACUAGUUUUUGCCUGAAAGGGAAGAUAAUCAUCGACGUGAUGCACACUUUUGGCUCGGCCACCAUUUUUUUAGUGCGGAAUGCUCUCAACUUGUAUCACCUUCAUCUUUUUGCACCACUCUUACUUGAAUUCAUGCACUUCUGUUUUUACUAACGUUUUUGGGAAGUGGUAGCCAGUACUUUUGAGAACAAGUUAUGUUUUUAAACUGUGAUCAAAAAAGAAAAAAAAGCACAUUCAAUUAUUUGCAUUUGUGCCCUUUCAAUUCCUUUUCACAAAGCAUUAGCUAUGAAUGCUGUCUGCUUUAAAGUGGAGUGGUUUUCUCUAAGGGCCCCUCACUAGGUUUCAUUUCAAAUUUCAGUUAUGGGAAUCUCGGUAUAUCUGAUUGGAAGAGAUUACAAAUAUAUAUAUUCUAUGUAUUUUCACAACUAUUUGAUAUGCACCGUAAUGCAUUAUAUGUGGAUCUUAAGUCUCGAUUUUAGGUCUAAACUAUAGUUGAAGCCAUUUUGACGCCACACCCGCAUUUCAUAAUUUCAGACACGAUUGUUGCCGAGUUGCCCCGCGCUUGUUCGCCAUCUGCAAACCUGGGGAAGGGCCCCUUAAAAUUUCACUCUCUUCACGUUUUCAGUGGGUGGCCAUUAUCUUGCGCUUGUCAGUGGAGGCUCAGUGUUCGUUUAUGGUAAGCGGUGUUGAUUCAGUCUGUAGGAAACAUUUGUAUUUGGUCUGAAGAGAGAUUGUGUGGUACAUAAUUGUACAUUAUUGCACCAAAGAAGGUUGUGAGUUUGCGUGAAUUGUGGCAGAUGAAGGGGACGAGUGAUAGGCGGCUGCUGAAGAUAAAAGGACACAGGAGAGAGUACUUAAGCGCAUAGAUUUGGAAUUUUGUAGCUUGGAAGCAUGGCCAGGUUGGCAAUGUGAUCUUGUUAGACCGCCUGUGGAAAAUACACAGCAUGAAAUGUGGACAUGUUUAGAGCAUGUGUUGAUAUCUUGUGAACAUUCGUGUCAUGAGCUUUACUUAGCGAUGUAGCUUCGCUCAGAGUAACCAGGAGGUUUUGAUCAGACCACUUAGAAGCCAUGUAAUGACCAGAAAUCUGCGUUUAGUUUAGUUGAUUAAACAUUCUGAAUUAUCCACGUUUCAGUAAUAUUAAGGUUGCUCCCUACAGUGCUAAUCAGUGCCUGUUUCUCGUUUGUUCUCUGUCAUGUUGGAAGAAACGCUGAGUAGUACAUUGAAUGACUAUUUCUUGAGCAUCCAUUAGUGUGAAAACUAGCAGCAUUCAGUACAAGAAUUUCGCUUUGGAGGGUUGCCUCGGUGAUACCUCGUUUUAGGAAGGAAAUGUUGGUGCAUUGUAAUUGUUUGUUGCUCAUGUGUCAUGCGGUUCUUGUCCCAAGUUCUUUGUGCAACUGUGUGAACAUUUCAGAUUCUUGUGCGUACCUCUAUUUUUACCAAGUAGUAUAUUCUUACAGAGCACAAUACAUUAAAUGUUAUUUCACAGUGGUAA